CAAGGAAUUAAUACAUCAGCUCCCUAUCUCGUGGGGAUUCCCAGUCCCAAAGGGGAAAAAAUGGAAUUUCAGAAAUUAUUUUACGUUCUAUUAAUCAUCCUGAUGAGUCUGCUACUUAUUCAUGGACAAAAACCAGCAAACUUUGGUCAACGGAGAAGAAUACAUAGACACAACUGUUUCCUGAAAAGGUGUAUGCCUCUUCAUUCCAGAGUGCCCUUUCCCUGAGGCUGAAAUUGCUGAGCGAUUUCUGGAGGAUGUGACAGAACAAGAAAUGGUGUUAUUUAUUAAUGUGUACUUGUGCUUGACGGAUAAACAUCUCCAUGAAUGUCAGUCAUUAUUACGUAUUCAGAAAGACGGUCAGAGACAAAGUUUAAGUGAUUGAAAAAACUGAACUACAGCAAGACUUGGAUUGUUAUUUGUAUAGUCUUGCGGUAAGCGGAAACAUUCCAAUAUCACAAUGACAACCAGGAACGCCUACAGCUGCUUCACGGCCAGAGAGGAAAAACAAAAUGGAGUGUAUCUGCAGGAGUAAUAAAUGACAGGACUUGUUUGUGAGCAUCAUGAAUAUUUUUUUCCAGGUGGAUGACUAAAUGUUCUAGAAGACACUGCCAAAUACACUUUUCUGCCACAAGGGAUGAAUGCAUAAUGCCCCUGUACCCAACCUUUGCUGAUCUCUACAUCCCUAUGUUAUUCUAUUUUGCAGAGCUGUUUCUGUGGUACACUACACACUAUCUAGCAGUUUAUAUGGAAGGAAUAGUUAUUUGCAUCGACAGAACGCUCGGGCCGGGCAGCAUGAAAACGAAGCAAUCAUGCCAUCAUUCCAAUGUUUAAAUGAUGCAUAGGAUUUUAUAAUGUAAAUGUGGAAAAACGAUUUUUAUCACACAUGCAAGCAGAAUUUAAUUUUACUAGUAUUGCUCUAGCUUAUAAAGUUGCUUAGGACUUCUGCACAUUUGUUAGUAGAUUCCAGAGUUCAAACAUUAUCAUUUACCCGUUAUGGCACAAUCAUCCCCGUCACUUUGCAGGGCUGGAUGCAGUUCAUCCAGAAGGGGAACCUGCGGUCUGCUGCAGCUAUUGUUUGGGAGCUGCACUGCACUUGCAUGGCCCAUGGACAUUUAGAGAAAAUCAGAAGAUUUAGCCACACUGAGAUCCACAACAGGAAAAAAAUAAAUAAAUUAAUGUGUUCAGUACUCAAACACUGAAGAUAACAAAGAACAAAGAUACAGGGAGAUGAUCCGAAACACUUUAUCAAAACAGGUGUGUGCUGAUUUUUACCAUUGGCUCAGCCAGAAUGACGUUAACCAGUGCUGUGAGCAAAAUGGACUUGAGAUAAUAAAAUGAGCUAAAUCUGACUUCCUAUCUGAACUGAAUCAAAAGUACCUUUAAAAGUACUCAAGAUAUCAAAUAAAUAUUGACUUUUUAUUAGGGUUGUUUUUUUUUUUUUGUAACACAAAUUUGAAAAUAAAAAAUAAAAGUUUGUCCAGCCCAUAGAAGAUACUGACCUAUUGAUGGCCAGAAGGUGGGACAGAUAGACAACCAAAUAUAUAUAUAUAUAUAUAUAUAUAUAUACACACACACACACACACACACACACACACUAUUUCAAACCCGGCACUCCAACAGGGCAGCUGAACCCUACUUACAGUACUUGCUUGUGUGCCCUCCUGGGGUAAGGCAGCCCCAUGUAUAGCAGAAAGAACAAGGUGGCGCUCCAAGACUGAUAAACAAAUGAACUGUAGUGCACAACACAAACAGCACUGCUGUUUGUGCACUAAAGUUCAUUUAUUUAUCAGUCUUGGAGUGCCGCCUUGUACUUACUGCUAUAUACAUAAAUAUAUAUAUAUAUAUAUAUAUAUACAUAUACAUACACACACACAUUGUACUGACAGAGUUGUUCAGCUGCAGUGCAAACAUCCAAACCUUUUCAUCAUGCAUUCAUUAUUUCUCCACAUAAACCCGAGCAAGUGGUUUGGAUUUUGAUCAGGGAAUAUGAACCAAAACAUGGCACAGUGAUUGGUAAAUUUAGUUGACACUGUCUACCCAAAUUAAUAUCCCGACACAUGGCGAACUUCACCUUUGAUAUAUGAUUAAAAAGUAUAAUAGAUCAAUUCACAGCUUUUCAAUUAGACAACCCUUAAAAUGAAUUACGAAACUACAUAUUCUUAAAAAUGGGUGUGAUAGAGGAUGCCAGCAGGCGGGAUGCCAGCGGUCGCAUGAGUGACACUGGUACCCCAACAAUGAAAAUGCCGACAGGGGUAAUUAUUUAACCCCUCCAGUCCCCUACCCUAACCCGCAUGGGGUGGCAGCUAUGGCUAACCCCACUCUAGUUCCUAACCCCAAAAGAUCACCCCAACGAGUCCUAACCAUCACCCCGAUACAUACCUUCGGGAUGUCGGCUGUCGGUGUGCCGGCACCAGGAUUCCGAGUGUUGUCGGGAUUUUAGCAUCGGUCACUGACCGCAUCCCACUUUUAACACUGUUCAAGUUUUAUUGUUGGUUGUGUCUAUAUUUCUAUAUAAAAAAUUAUGUAUAUUUCUUUUAAGAAAAGAUGCACUUCCAAAAACAUUAACAUGUUAUUGUAAUAAACUAUAUAUAUUUUUUAAGGCUUUAUGCUUUUUGGUUAC